AGCCCAGGAGCUGUGCCUGGAUUGGAGCCAGCUGACCAACCGCCGCACUGAUCACGAGCGCGAGUAUCAUUUAGCGAUCGCUGCCUGUGCGAGGAGCAAGCGCAGACGUGCUAGGCGUCUGCACACGGUCCGCAGACUAGACGUGUGAGGAACGACGGCCGCUGAGCGCCAAUGCUUCUGUCGAAGCCUGUCCCAAGGAUCGCAAAGGUCAGGCCCUAGAUGGCAGGACGGCGAGGCAGUCAACCUGCAGAUUGCGUGUGGGCCUGCGUUGAGCGCUGCUCCGUGCUGCAGCACCUUCUUGAUCGGACAAUACGGUUGAAAUGGGCCAUCAGACGUGCACCGAGGUACGGAUAGCGUCGAGGAACAUGCAGCUUAGCUUCUACACACAUACAGCGUUCAUUGUGACGAAUCUGCACAGAAGCAAGUCUACACAACACAGAGCGAGUCUUCCCGACAUGCACAGCGAGUGUACAUAGGCGCGACCACCCACGUUAAUUUGGGCAUCCGAGCGCUACAUCUACCAUUGGACAGCGAUUCCUCCAUGUUUAGGCCGAUGCUGGCUUCCGCGCGAAGCUGGCCGUUCGUGAAAAUGCUCUUCCUCCGACGUCGCCACAUUCGUCCUCGGUGGAAUGCUGCAGCUUACAGCACAUGACUUUCACAAGGACCUGGUCACAUUUCGGCCUGGAUAGGCUAAUCAGGAGCGACUCACAGCAACGCGGCCGGCAUUCUGGAAUCAGAUCAUUACAGUUCCAUGAGCGGCAGGGACAUAAAAUGAAGCUCCUUCGCCCGGAGCAGGUCACUCUCAAAUCUGGUCUGCCAGGAGCCUGGCGGAGGGCCAACUUUAGUUUGAAAGCCUCAGGACUUUCCCUGAAUGCAUCAGCGUUCUGCAUGCAUGGUAUGCGCAUACUCAGUAGUUGGCUCAUGCUCUCCGAAACGACGCGACUUGGGGGCAAAGUCGCCUUUAUGACAGUUGAGCUCGACUUUUUGUCAUUUGGCCAAGUCAUUGACCCCGAUCACAUCACUAUUCGUUGGGCAAACAUUGCCAAUCUUGGAGAAAGGUCGUUCGAGUUUGAAUGCACCUCCCCGUCCCGUGCCAACAUCUGCAUUGGCAGACAUUGCGGCCCCAAGUUUAUCGCACCAGUGGGUGAUCCGAUUCGCAGCCAUUGCCGGCGUUGGCAAUCCCGUCAAGAGCAAUUCGCGCCGCUGACAUCGCGAUGCUGUCGUUGCUGCUGCGUCUGCUGAUCGCGUCGUGGCAUGUUCACCACUUUCUCGUGCCAAUAGUUUCAAGUCGUCCUGUGUAUGCGGGACUUGACAGCAGGGAAGCCACGAUGAUUUUGCAGCAUUCCAGCACAGCUCCAUUCGAUCGAGAAUGGUCGUUGUCGUCCUCGACGCAUCCUUCGGGCACCGAGGUCCUUGAGACCGAGAGCGACUUCGCUCACACACCAUGGAAACUGGAGUCGGUGCUGCGCUGGUCUGCGGAAAAUCGUCGCGCGCGUGCCAACCCUGCACGGGGUCUGGACGUGAACCAGCAAUCAAGAAACAUCGUGUGCUUGCCGAGAACAAACGUGUGUUGCAACCGAGAGAGCAGGACAAAUAGCGCGUACGAUGCAGACAACGAGGACGAUGCUUUCUCUCCACCAGCAGCAGGAGCAUCAGCGGCGGCAGCGAGGACUGAUUGUGUUAGGCUUGUCAGCUGCCGGACACAGUUCUGCUCGGGAACAGCCCCUCUCUCCUGCCUGCUGGGAGCGGGGUAUCAUGGCCGACCGACAAUCACCUACGCCAGUCAUCUGCCACUGGCCAAACUGCAGCGACAGGCCGGAUACGGAGUGGGGAUUGAUCGAGGAUUUAGCACCUCCGACACCGUCUCUGGAGGCCGAAACGUAGGGCGGCGAGCGGGAUCCGAGGAGCACGCUUGGCGUGGCAUUGCCACUACGGACCUCACGGACCUGCGCUUCAACUUGGCUCUGCUGAAAACGGCCCAGUAUCGGGUGGGUCGCUUCCUGGCCGUGCUGAGGGUGGGCGGUACGGCAGACGUGUGUCGACGUUACCGAGCGCGGCUGCAGGUGCGGGUGUUGAUCCGCGCGCGACACGGAGCGGCCAUCUACCGCAGCCACGUGGCCCGGGAGCUGCGCUUCGACGACGCCACCACGGUGCCGCUGAACCUCUCCAUGGGCUGCAGCCAUGACAGCGGCCAUGGUAACCACGGAAACAGGGCGUCGGCAUGCCGACUGCACCUGGAGACGACGCUGCGCACCACGCCGCCCACGGCCCGUGCCGCGCUGCGUCGCUACUGCUGGGUACGCUGGGAGAACGCACGCCUGACGGUCGCCCCGCCAGACGAGCCGUGCUCUGACGUGUGCUCGGACGCCGUGCCACUGGCGUGCCUGGCCAAACGCAACGAAAUUGGCGGCACCGGCAGCCACCAAGUCAGUCAGUAUACUCUUAUCAAGGGUGGCGGUACGGAGCGGGUCAAUCGGCCCCAGGAUCGGGGGCAGGCGGGGACAUUUGAGUCGCAGCGGCAAGGCCUGCUGGCGACCGGGGCGUUCAGCAGUACGGACAUCUUUCUACCAGUCACGCCAUCCGGACAUCGUAGCAAGUUCAACCUGCAGGUCGCCGAGAGAGACUGGGCCAUCAUGUCCGGUCAUCUGGCUUAUAUAACCCCCCACGGCGACCAGCUGGAAGCCUGCAGCAACCUGACGGGCGGACAAGGUGCCAAGGUGGCCGUGACAUUCUCCAUCGGCAAACAGGACUUGCUAUCACGCACGCUACGCGUCUCUGCAGCACACGGUACGCAGUGGGACAUCGGACCAUUCGUCAUCGUCCCGGCAACCAUCGUUGACGGCGUUCGUCCUCGCCGGCAGCUGACGAUCAGCGUGCGUUUGAUUUCCAUGGCAAAACGCGCCAGGGCGACGACAGGCGGCGACAUGCACUGCGGCGUGGUUGCCAUGGCAAACGCGAGAGUCAGUCCCGCCGAGGGGCCGCUGCAGUUCGCCAGCUGCCAGCACGACUGCUACAACGUGAUGGCCGAGGCUCGGCUGGUGCCGCUCAGCUGCUUUCUGGGUAAGAUGCGCACGAAGAACCGCGGCUUCGCCUGCUCCGGGUCCGUGACAAAGCGCAGCAACCCGUUCAUCGCCAUAGCGACCAGCUUCCCGGGCACUCGCAUCGGCGUUGACCGUGCCGGCAAGUGGAAGCAGCAUGUUCCCGUGGUGCUGAACAUGCCCAGCGCUAGCAAUGCCAUGGCGAUGAAUGCGUCGGAGAACUCGCUGCAGCAGCAGCAGAACCGGGCACUGCCGAGAACGCUCCGAGUGGAGCGUCUGAUCGGCGCGUACCCGGAGAGUCGGCUUGACGUCAACCUGACGGCGUUUCGGGCCAGCGGGCAGCGCUUCACGCACUUCACCACCACGGUGGGGCUAGACGCGUCGUCGUGCCAACCGCGCGAGAUGACCGGCGUGCAGUUCCGCGUGCUGCUGGACGGCCGGCUGAACUACUCGGCGAGCGUGAACCACGCCUGGGCGAGCAGGGAGAUAGUGAUCGACGUGCGCGACAGCCUGCAGAUGAGCCUGGUCACGCUGAAGCUGCACCGAACGUCCGUGCUGCUUACCUGCACCCCGGCUGUGUGGGCUGAGCCAGUGCUGAGGUACCUACAGGAGAGUAACUCGACCUAGUCGACUGCGACUCUCAACAAACGUUAUCGUGCAUGCAGUGAACCCUGUCUAAGACGACCCCUCAAGGUACCUUCAAACGUGGUCUCUGUUACCAGGUGGUCUCGUUAUCCAGGGUCACUAGUUAGGCUAAAGCAUCCCCUGGUGCUGGUCAGGUGGUUGCCUAAUCCGAGUGGCCGUGGACGCCUUGACAGUUUUUACUGUGCUUAUAAUGAUUUCUUCCGAUCGUAUUUAUCUAGUUCCCAUGCAUAAUUAUGACAUCACGGCCACGCCUUUCCUCUGGCAAGGAGACCAAUGCCUAUGCAUUAUGAACAGACGGGGCUAGCCCAAACUAGCUGCCCUCGAACUUGUCGAUGCUACAUGCGUGAACAACUGGAUUUUAUUCAAAGCCUAUCGAAUCUUGUAUUGAUACAUGUACUUUAUUUUGAGACCUGGCCUGGACUGGCGCACCUCACCAGUGUCCAGUCACAGGGCUGCGAAGACUUGACUCGCUAUACCUUUUUAAUAGGUGCAUUGUGCGCACCUAUUGCAUCACUUCAUGCACUUAGAAAAAGUAUUUAUUGACGGCAACAUUUAUUUUCCCUGCAUCACUUUCCAAUUCAGAUCUACAAGGCUACCGUGCAUCCGAAUCGCUGCUGCUAUCUAUCUAUGAAGAAUUGAAUUUUGAUACUCCAGAUUUUUGGUAUUCACUGGUCUAUAAGCGCAUUCAAGUUGGGGUGUCAGCUUCAUCUAUUUUAGAAUUAAGAUUCUUUCCAUACCUACUUCUUCUGCUGCUGAAAGACCAUGGUCUCUCUAUCUUGUGUUUCAGAGAAGGGUGUUGAUUCGCGCCUCGGAAAAGUGUUGGAGCUGAGUGUCAGGUCUUCAAUGUAUCAGUA